AUGAACAGCGACGAUAUAUGCAAAGAGACCCCUGACCAGGAGGUCUCUGGCCCCCCCCUGAAGCUAUUUCGCACAGAGGCUUCUCUGGGUGCGCCUCGGUCUUCCGAGCGUGAGAAGCGGGGCCCCAUUCGUCCUAUGUUUGUUUCUGCUCCUGCACCGGGUUUGGUGCGGAGUUAUUCAACAGCAGAUCCUUCGAAUGAUGCAUUUACGGUGUCUCACGAGCUCGAUUUUGACGACUGGAUGACAACAGUGAUUGGGUCGCUCCAGUUGAUUGUUUCUUCUGCUGUGGUAGCCCUGGGUAUUUAUUUGUUAUUUACAUGUCCUGAGAUGUCUCAAGAGGCACCUUUGUUGUUUUACUUCGUCGCUUUCUCCCUUUCUGCAGAGCUGGCUCUGCUAAUGUUGAUUUGCCUGCUUAUGAUGGCGGUGCGAGUCGUUUGUGGUGCUGCACGGGCUGAAUACACAUCAGCAAUAUGCGGCAUAUUUCAUAGAACGAUGGAGGGAGCGAUUUACUUCUUUUGUGUUGGAUUUGGUGGUACUCUGCUCGUGCUGCUGGCCACAGGAGAUCCUGCAGACCCCCGCGUUCGAUACCUGGGGAAGAGGCAAAUGUUUGUGUGGGCCUUCGUCAGCAUGGAGGUGGCUCUGUGUCUUCUCUACUGUCUGCAGACCAUCCCAACUCUCUAUGGUAUUUGUAAAUUCGUCUCGCAUAAAAUUUAUUUGAAACUAACUGGCAGAGAUGAAUUGGAGUUUCAAAGAGGUGAUGUUCCCAUUGCUUAUGCAAGACUUGCUGACUACGACUACUCGCUGCAACACAUGCAUAACCCGGCUUCAGCAAGGCAGGGGUACGUACACCCCAACGACGCCUACACCCCGCGAGAAAGAGACGCAGCAACCUCCAGACGCUCGGAUGCAGAAGAGGCUCUGCUCAACAGUCGUGUCUAG